AUGUCAAAAGAAAGGUUAUCGAGUCUACCGCAGAGCUUACUGCUCCUGCUCUUGACGGCCACCCCCAGCCUCGGACUUCCUCGGAAUCAGUGGGAAAGUCAGGACCAAGUCGUGCUUGAAUCCUCCACACCCGGCCGCCGAGGUGCCGUCGCAUCAGAGAGUAAAGUCUGCAGCCAGAUCGGCAUCGAUCUGCUUGCACGUGGCGGAAAUGCCGUGGACGCAUUCAUCGGCACCCAGCUCUGCGUGGGCGUUAUCGGGAUGUACCACUCUGGUCUCGGUGGCGGAGGUUUCGCUCUAGUCCGGGAUCAAAACGGGGAGUACACAGUCAUCGACUACCGAGAGACGGCGCCCGCAGCCGCUUUUGAGGACAUGUACCGGGACAACGUGAACGGGAGCAUAUUCGGCGGUCUGGCAGCCGGUGUGCCGGGUGAAUUGCGCGGUCUUCAGUACGUAAUAAGGAACUGGACUAACACGUUUUUAUACGGCAGAUACGCGCAUAACCGAUUCGGCUCUCUGCCCUGGUAUGACGUUGUUUACCCGGCCUCUCUGGUGGCGAGGGAUGGGUUUACUGUGACGCCAGAUACGGUUCGCUAUAUGGAGUUUGGUGUUCGUGCAGCGGGAUGGAACUUCUUGGUUGAAGAGCCCUCGUGGGCUCAAGAUUUCGCUCCUAAUGGCACUCUAGUCAAACUGGGCGAAACCAUGUACAGAAAACGCUAUGCGAAGACCCUGCAGAGAGUCGCCGAGGAAGGUGCUGAUGUGUUCUACACCGGAGAUAUAGCCGAAGAUACAAUAGCCACGAUCCAGAGUGGCAAUGGUACAAUGACCCUCGCGGAUCUUGCCGAAUACAAGGUCAUUCCGCGGCAGCCAGUGAACAUCACAUACCGCGACUUCACCAUCUACGCCUCUGGCGCGCCAACAAGCGGCGCAGUGAGUCUGAGCACUUUGAAAACGAUGGAAGGGUACCACGACAAAGCAGACGCGAAUCUCACAAUGCACCGCUUCGACGAAGCUAUGCGCUUCGCCUACGGCGCCCGCCAAGGCCUAGGCGACCCAGCUUUCGUCGAGGAAACUUACAGACUAGAAAACCACAUGCUCGACGCCAGCAGCGCGGUCACGACGCGCUCGCACAUCCUGGACAACAGCACGCAGCCCGUGGAGAACUACGCGCCCGGGAAGAUAUACACGACGCCGGGCGAGGGCACCUCGCACAUCACGACGGCAGACGGAUCCGGCAUGGCCGUCUCCAGCACGACGACAGUCAAUUUGCUCUUCGGAAACCUGCAGAUGGUGCCGUCGACAGGGAUCAUUCUCAACAACGAGAUGAACGACUUCUCGAUCCCGGGGGUGCGCAACGAAUUCGGGUUCGAGCCGGCCGUGGCGAAUUUCAUCCGCGCGGGGAAACGGCCUUUAUCCUCGAUUACGCCGCUCAUGAUCGCGCGCGCAGACGGCACUGGUGACGAGGAGCUCUUUGCCGUUGUGGGAGCAGCGGGCGGAUCACGGAUCAUUAGCUCCACGACACAAGUAGCCUGGCGCGUACUGGAUAAUCUCACCAUGGCUGAGGCUAUCGCGCUUCCGCGCGUGCAUGAUCAGUUAAUGCCCAACACGGCGGUUCUAGAGGAAGGCUUCGACACUGGCAUGGCUGCGAGCCUGGCGGACAGGGGACACAAUGUUACGUGGGUCGAAUUAGCCGCGAGUUCCGUGCAGGGCGUGCGAGUCCGGUCUGACGGUGUCUUCGAGGCUGCUUCGGAGACUAGACAGGUGGGUAGUGGUGGGCUUACGAUAUGA